UAUUAUUUCGUACGCGGGCAAGCAUAAAGGGGACCCGUUUUGGCUAAUUUGUAGGACCUGUGGCUGUGUGACAGAAUGCUUAGGCUUUUAGCUAAAUGCAUCUCUUGCUAAAUGUUAAAUGGUACGUGUAUUCGCUUCCUUUCAUGAUGUAAUGUAAUAAGUACUUGACCAGAUGUAUGGCGUAAACGAUAAAGUUCUAAAACGGCAAAGUCGGUACGUUCUGCAUAAAUUAAUAUUUCAACUAGAAACAAGAAACAGCAAGUAAACAUUGCCCGGCGCACACGGUGAGCAAAAGUUAACGCGUGCAAUUUGCUUACUGCCUCGCGAGGCCAAAAGCACAGUUCAAGCAGGUGAGAAAUUUGCUCGCGAGACGUGAGUUCGUUCGAAGUUUUUGGCCUCGCGAGGCAGUGAGCAAAUUGUACGCGUGAAGUUUUGCUCACCGUGUGCGCCGGGCUUAAUUUAUUGAGCUAAGUAAUCCGUUAAAAGUUUCGAAUAGUUGGUUGUAUAUGCAACGCAAAAAAUUGGAUGUUACAUGAACACAAACGUUAAUUAUGAAUGAGUUAUGGAAAAAGUUCUUCCUUCGAACCUUAUUGUUCUUCGCGUACGCGCUGGUUGGGGCGUGGAUAUUGACUCUCAUCGAAGCCCAAGAUGAUACGAACGCGACAAUAGCAAAAAGAAUGCUGGAUUCUCUGCGGAAGAAAAUGUCCUUUCGCUAUAACAUUACCAACAAGACAGAAUUCGAUGAGUUUGUAACAGAGGCCUCGGAGGCGAUUGCGCUCAUGGGUAAAAAAGACUGGUCAUUCCUGAACGCUUGUGGCUUCACGCUAGCCGCCAUGACUACCAUAGGCUACGGCGACAUCGUACCACAAACAAACGGCGGUAAAGGAUUCGUGAUUCCCUUCAGUCUGAUCGGAAUCCCCCUCGUGAUGGUCGCCCUCAAGUCCGGCGGUGAGCUCAUAAGUCUUGGGGUCCGCACAACGUACGUCGCAUUCUCUAAGCGCGUGCUUGGGCACGAGUCCUGCCAACGCCUCCUACCACGAUGUUUAGCCAUCGCGUUCUCCAUGGUAACCAUCUUCAUUUGCAUCAUGGGUGGUGUUCAGACAUACCUUGAUGAGUGGACCUUCCUGGAAAGUGUCUAUUGUUGGUUCGUGACCUGCUCGACUAUGGGAUUCGGGGAUUAUGUACCGCUACAGAAUUACGCGAAGACGAUAGGGAAUUCCACAGGGAGACUUGUGUUUUCUGGCAUUAUGCUCACACUUCCGUAUAUCCUGGGAUUGUGUUUGGUGUCAUCUCUAGUGAAUGUUAUGGUGGAGUUCUCGGAGUACGAGCUGGCGCAUGCCAAGUCGCAAGUGCGAAGAUUGUGCGGAUGUUAUCAGUGUGGCUCCCACAUGCAUGGACUCGACCGCGAGGGAUCUGUGGAGCACGACAAUAAUAAUGUCGACGUUCAGUUGCAGAACUUUUCCAAAAAAGACGCAGCAUGAAACUUUUUUGCCACGUCUUUACACUUUGGCUAUUUUUUUAGUACAAUACUCUGGUAAUCGUGAAUCCUUUUCGUAAGUUUGGGAGAAUUUAGUCACGCCCGGCGCGUGUCCAGGGGGGGGAGCAAGGGGUCCGGACCCCACCCUGGUCAUGUGACGAGAUGAGUUCGACUCUGGUUGACCACUUUGUUUGUAGUUAAGAAGCCUGUAAACAUAAUGUGUAUAUUUGGAUAAAACAAGUUUCUAGAUA